AUGGCUGCCCUAUUCCUACGUGGUUUUGUCCAAAUAGGGAACUGCAAGACUGGGAUGUCUAAGUCAAAAGAAGCAUUCAUUGAAGCAGUAGAAGGAAAGAAGAAAGAUAGACUGGUGCUGUAUUUCAAAAAUGGAAAAUGUAACACUUGUCGGCUAAGUGAUAAUAUUCAAAAUGUAGUCCUUAGAUCCUAUAGAGGAAACCAAAAUUACCUGCAUCUAACUUUACAAAAUAAUAAUGUCUUGUUUAUUGAAGGAUUAUCCUCCACAGAUGCUGAACAAUUGAAGAUAUUCCUGGACAGAGUUCAUCAAAAUGAGGUUCAGCCACCUGUGAGACCUGGUAAGGGUGGGAGUGUCUUUUCUAGCACAACAGCACAGAAGGAAAUCAACAAAACUUCAUUCCACAAAGUUGAUGAGAAAUCAAGUAGCAAAUCUUUUCACAUAGCAAAAGGAAGUGGGACAAGUGUCCUUCAGAGGAUGCCUUUGCUUAUAUCAAAAUCAUCAACACUUACUUGUGGAGAGUUAUCAGAAAAUCAGCACAAGAAGAGGAAAAGAAUGCUCUCAUCUAGCUCAGAGAUGAAUGAGGAAUUCUUGAAAGAAAAUAAUUCUGUAGAAUACAAGAAAUCCAAAGCAGAUCGUUUGAGGUGUGUAAGCUAUAAUCGAGACAAACAAUUGAAGUUAAAAGAGUUAGAAGAGAAUAAGAAAUUGGAAUGUGAAUCUUCAUGCAUCAUGAACGCUACUGGAAAUCCUUACCUAGAUAUUGGACUUCUCCAAGCUCUCACUGAGAAGAUGGUUAUGGCAUUUCUGUUACAACCAGGGUGUAGUGACGGUUACACAAAGUGGGAUAAAUUAAAACUAUUUUUUGAAUUAUUUCCAGAGAAAAUAUGCCACGGCCUCCCCAAUUUGGGAAACACCUAUGCAGCGUUACAGUCUCGACUUUCAAUCCCAUCAUUUGCUGAUGAUUUACUUAAUCAGAGUUUCCCACGGGGUAAAAUUCCCCUUAAUGCUCUUACCAUGUGCUUGGCACAGCUACUUUUUUUUAAAGAUACCUAUAAUAUAGAAAUCAAGGAGAUGUUACUCUUGAAUAUUAAAAAGGCCAUUCCAGCAGUUGCAGAGAUAUUCCAUGGCAAUGCACAGAACGAUGCUCAUGAGUUUUUAGCUCACUGUUUAGAUCAGCUGAAAGAUAACAUGGAAAAACUCAACACAAUUUGGAAGCCUAAAAGUGAAUUUGGGGAAGGUAAUUUUCCUAAACAGAUUGUUGCUGAUGAUCCUGACACCAGUGGGUUUUCUUGCCCUGUCAUUACUGAUUUUGAGUUAGAGUUGUUGCACUCCAUUGCUUGUAAAGCUUGUGGUCAGGUUAUUCUCAAGACAGAACUGAGUAAUUACCUCUCCAUCAACCUUCCCCAAAGAAUAAAAACACAUCAUUCAUCUAUUCAGUCUACCUUUGAUCUUUUUUUUGGAGGAGAAGAGCUUGAGUAUAAAUGUGCAAAAUGUAAGCACAAGACUUCUGUUGGAGUGCACUCAUUCAGUAGGCUACCUAGAAUCCUUAUUGUUCACCUCAAACGCUAUAGCUUGAAUGAGUUUUGUUCAUUAAAGAAGAAUGACCAGGAAGUCAUCAUUUCCAAAUAUUUAAAGGUGUCCUCUCAUUGCAAUGAAGGCACCAGACCACCUCUUCCUUUGAGUGAGGAUGGAGAAAUUACAGAUUUCCAAUUAUUAAAAGUUAUUCAAAAGAUGACUUCUAGAAGCAUCAGCGUAUCAUGGCCUUCAACAAAGGAAUCCAAAGAUAUCCUGGCUCCACACACUGGAUCAGAUAAGGAGUCUGAACAAAAAAAAGGCCAGACAGUCUUUAAAGGGGCAAGCAGAAGACAGCAGCAAAAGUACCUUGGAAAAAAUUCUAAACCAAAUGAGCCAGAAUCUGUAUACUCAGGAGAUCGAACGUUCAUUGAAAAAGAACUGUUAGCUCACUUAAUGGCAUAUCUGGAAGAUACCUCACUUUGUCAGUUCCACAAAGCUGGAGGUAAACCCGCCAGCAGCCCAGGCACCCGUCUCACAGAAGUUCACUUUCAAACAGUGCCCGAAAAUCCAAAACGAAAGAAAUAUGUGAAAACCAGUAAGUUUGUAGCUUUUGAUAGCAUUAUCAAUCCUACUAAAGAUUUGUAUGAAGAUAAAAAUAUCAGAAUUCCAGAAAGAUUCCAAAAAGUGUCUGAACAGACUCAGCAGUGUGAUGGUAUGAGAAUCUGUGAACAAGCUCAGCAGGCACUACCUCGAAGCUUUCCAAAGCCAGGUGCCCAGGGGCACACAAAGAACCUCCUAAGAUCUACAAAAUUAAAUCUCCAGAAGGCUAACAGGAAUUCCCUACUUGCAUUGGGUUCCAGUAAGAACCCAAAAAACAAAGACAUUUUAGAUAAGAUAAAAUCUAAAGCCAAGGUAACAAAAAGAAAUGACGAUAAGGGAGAUCAUACCUACCGGCUCAUUAGUGUUGUCAGCCAUCUUGGGAAGACUCUAAAGUCAGGCCAUUAUAUCUGUGAUGCCUAUGACUUUGAGAAACAGAUCUGGUUCACUUACAAUGAUAUGCAGGUGUUAGGUAUCCAGGAGGCCCAGAUGCAGGAGGAUAGGCGUUGCACUGGGUACAUCUUCUUUUACAUGCAUAAUGAGAUCUUUGAAGAGAUGUUGAAAAGAGAAGAGAAUACCCAGCUUAAUAGCAAGGGGGUAAAGGAGACCCUUCAGAAGGAAUAA